UUUUACACUCGGGGAGAAAUCCGGCAGAAGUGCUCCGGGACUGCUACAACUGGCUCAUCACAGCUGCACAGAUACACAGUAUGGAUAAAAUCCUUGUGCUGAUGUCAUGGGCUCUCUUGUUCUUGUGCGGUGCAGCAGAGCAACAGCAUUUCCUGCUGUCCAACACCUGCUCCUGGGAUGAGGCCAGGAACCAUUGCCAGGUGUGUUACAAAGACCUGGUUACCCUGACAUCUGGAAACAUCCAGACCAUUGUCCAGAACCUCACCUCUGAUUACUGGAUCGGCCUCCGCAAGAUGUUCACCAACGACUCUACCAAGUCCUGGUCUCGCUGGGCCAACGGGGACCUGCUCACCUUUCAGAACUGGUACCCCGGGUGGCCCAAAGCCAAACCGUACGAAUUUGUAACAAAUUCCUCCUGUUGCAAGUGUGAGUGCUCAAGUAUCUGUGAAGAAGAUUUCGGAGACAAUUCUUCAACAACAUGUCUGGUAUUAAAUGAUAUCGGUGGAGAUGACGGAUACAUCGAAGACCCUUGCGUGGCCGUGUACAGCUUUGGGGCCUGGUUUGAGACGAGCUGCUCAAAUCAACUGCCUUAUAUUUGUUACGAUGACUAUUUCAACGCCAACAUCAAGCUGACCGAAUUGACCUCUAGCGGUGUUGCUUUGAGCUGGUUGCCCGGUCCCGGUAACAUCAGCCAUUACCGAGUGGAGGUCGAAGGUGACAUCAACCCAAAGGUGAACAACACUGGUUUGACCUAUGACCUUGUGAACCUUACAGCAGGUACCCCUUACACGGUCAAGGUGUUCCCCGUUAAGUGUGAGCGAGACCUCAACCCUGGGAUCGUUACCUUCUAUACCAAGCCUGAGAUGGUCAGAAACCUCAGCGUUGUGGCGGUGACGGAAAAGUCGAUCAUUCUGUUCUGGAGUCCCCCCAUAGGAAAUCUAGACUCGUACUGCAUUCAUGAGAGAUCUGUGAGAGAUCAUCCUUACCGGAGGUGCAAAGUCACAACAAACACUAUAGAAGUCGAUGGUUUGUUAUCAGGAGGCCUUUACACGUUGGACGUCAUUGCCGUCGUGAACGGUUCUGAACAGGGAGACCCAGUCAACAUCACCACAUAUAUCAAGCCGAGCAAGGUGAAGAAUUUGAAAGUGUCAAAUGAAACAGUGAACUCUCUGCUGCUUCAAUGGGAACCUCCUGAGGGAAACGCAACAGGCUACAGGGUGAUCGCUUCAAAUGGCUCUCAUCCUAGCGUUAACUUUCCUCAGCAACUGGACUGGAUGAACAACAGUCUGAUGGUGUCCGAGCUAACACCCGGCUCCAAGCUGAAUCUCAGUGUGGCGGCGCUGGCCAACGACACCUUGGAGGGAGACAGCGCCCUGCUCGAAGGCUUCACCAGACCUGCAGCAAUAUCAGGCUUGGAUUUGACCACCACCAACUCAUCUCUCACGGCUAACUGGCGCUUGGAGGAGGGUAAUUAUGACUGUUUUGCUGUUGAGCUGGUCGGCGCCAACAAAUCAUCCAAUAGUCACCCGAUCAACACUUCGCAGACCUUUAACAACCUGAACCCAGCGACCAAGUACACGGUGACUGUCUACACCGUCUUUAAAGAAUUGUUCAGCGAGCCUGAAGUCACGUCCAACUUCACCCAGCCAGUCAGGCCCAGUCAGGCCGAGAUAACGUCCUCUAAUAAGAGCCACAUAACUCUCAAAUGGACCCCACCGGAUAACGUAGGGAACGUCACGUACCUGGUCAGCUACCAUUCCAACUUCUGGAAUAACAGCGAGCAUCCCUUUUCCACUAAUGAGAACAACAUCACGAUCGGCAGCUUGCAUGCGGGAACCAAGUAUGUGUUUGAAGUGCGAACUGUGGUGGAGCAUCUGCAGAGCAAUCCCACCAAUAUAUCAGGGUCCACACAAGCGGAUAAGAGGGAGCUCACCCUGUCCAUGUUGUGCUCCUCAACGGAAAAUAAGCGCUGCGAUGCAAACUCGACCAUGACAGACGCACUGAAGGAGUUGAAGAAUUAUUUCGAAAACUUGCUGGGGGAUAAUGUCUUCUGGGAACUGCAGUGGAAGAAGCUAUGAACCGGAAUAAACACACACACACACACACACACACACACACACACACACACACACACACGAACACACACACACACACACACAUGAUGAACAUCUUAUAUUAUUGUCCUCACUUAUAGUAUGGCUUUUUUUUUCAAAUAGUCCUAGAGAAAUAUUUUUUAGUUUUCAGUGAGUUAAUUUAUUCUCAAAGGACAGGGUCAAGUGUUUGCUGGUGCCCAUUUCAGCCGGCAUUAGGCGGAGACGUCUUCAUCAGGUCACCGGUCCGUCACGGUUUAACAGGCAGUCCGGUUAAUAUAGAUGCAAUGCUAAAUAUUGCCACGUGGUGGCUCCACCUUUUUGUUUUGUUGUUACGCACUAGAGUAAAGCGGUUCUCGGUGCUGUUUAGACCAGGCCUAGUCAACUGGCGGCCCGCGGGCCAAAUCCGGCCCGAGCAUUAUUUUUUGAUCAAUUUUUGUUAGAACAUUAAAAAUUAUAAUGCAUUUUCCCGCGAAGAAAAAUCUGUUUCUGGGGCAAGAAUGCGCUCCCAUUCAAUCUCCUCCAAUGGGAGAAAACUGCUUUGUCCCGCCCCUAACGGCUCCUGACGCUUUAGUCACUGAUUAGACAACGUAUAGUCGAAGCACUGGUUUCUAAAUGCAUCUAUGGCUGAGGCCAUUUCUUGUGAAUUGAAAGAGAGGUGGUCUGUUGUAGCAGAUGUGAAAUGACACUGAUUAGAAGACAAAUAGAGCACUUGUACAUGGCCAUCUGCCACAAUCUGUUUUGAAUGCAUCUUUGUUUGGGGGCUGUGAUCAUAAGCAUUUUUGAAAAGUGUUUCAUUUGAUUAAACUAAAAAAAAAGCCUUGUUAUGUAAUUACUUAUGAGUGAUAAGAGGUGAGGUAGCAGGGGUGAGAUGGCAUGACUCACUGAUAGAAGACAAACAGCACUUGUAGAUUUUAUGGCUGAGACCAUUUCUUUUGAAUUGAAAUUACUUGUUAUGAAAUUUGAGUGAUAAGUGUUGAGUAGUAGCACAUUGGUGAGAAGGUGAGAGAUGAUCACAAUAUUUUAACAAGUAAUUCAAUGUUUUCUUUCAUCUGCCAAUGUAAUGUAAUUUGUUUUGAAUGCAUCCUUAAUUGGAGCCUUUUGAUCAUUCAGUACUGGUGACGGGGAGAAGUGAUUCAUUAGCUAAAAUAAACGUAGCCUAUAUAAAUGGAUAAAGGUAUGAAAUGACUGCCCUAUUUUGUAUAGCGCUUUGAGUGGCUGUUGCAGCUAGAAAAGCGCUAUAUUAAAUUGAACUUGAUUGAUUGAUUGUAUGUUACAUAAACACAUUGUUAAUAAACACUUUUGAU